CAUGGCAACUUGUCUGCGUUACCCGGGCAAGGUGGUGAUUGUGACUGGUGGCACCUCAGGCAUUGGUCUGGCCACCGUGAGAGAAUUUGUUCGCCAAGGAGCCAAUGUGGUCUUCUGUUCACGAGCAUCCGGAGCGGAAAGGGGACAAGCAAUUCAGAGGGAGCUGCAGGAGUCUGGAUGCCCAGGGGAAGCUUACUACCAGGUCUGUGAUGUCCGCAAGGAGUCUGACAUUAAGAGGUUGAUUUUGGUAACUGUAGAACGUUACGGGUGCCUAGACUGCCUGGUGAAUAACGCAGGAAUUGGUUAUAAUGAAAAUAUAGACAAUGUCACUGCCCAGGACUUCCGCAACCUUAUAGAAAUCAACGUUGUGAGCAUUUUGUUAGCAUCAAAGUAUGCGCUGCCCUACAUACGGAGAACGAGAGGAAACAUCAUCAACAUGGCCAGUGUUUAUGGAGUUAUUGCAGCAAAGAGUAGUGUGUCGUAUGACUCAAGCAAGGGUGCUGUUAUAGCGAUGACCAAAGCCCUGGCCAUAGAUGAGAGUAAAUACGGAGUACGAGUCAACUGCGUCUCACCAAGUAAUAUCUGGACUCCUUUGUGGGAAAGGGUUGCAAAUCAGUCACCGAAUGCAGAGGCCACAAUCCAGGAAGGCAAAAGUUAUCAGGCAAGUCUAAUGGGACGUUUUGGCACCCCAGAAGAAGUGGCUUUGGCUGUCCUGUUCCUCGCCGCUGAUGGGACUUUCUGCACUGGCUUCAACCUUUUGGUCAGUGGUGGUGCUGAAGUUGGCUUUGGGGUGAAGAACCAGGUGGAUCUUGAGCCUGGCCCAUGUCCAAGCGGUCCUGAAAUGACCACUCCUCAUGUUCUACAACCUACUCAGACUCAGAGGCAAACUGCUGUCAUGGAAACUUGUCUGCGUUACCCGGGCAAGGUGGUGAUCCUGACUGGGGGCACCUCAGGCAUUGGUCUGGCCACUGUGAGAGAAUUUGUUCACCAGGGAGCCCGAGUGGUCUUUUGUGCCCCAGGAUCUGAAGAAGAAAGGGGACGGGCGAUUCAGAAGGAGCUGAAUGAUUCUGGGAGCCCAGGGGAAGGUUACUUCCAGGUCUGUGAUGUCCGGAAUGAGACGGACAUUAAGGCGUUGAUUUCAGUGACCAUAGAACGUUACGGACGCCUGGACUGCCUAGUGAACAACGCUGGAGGACACCCUCCUGACAAGACAAUAGACGAGGUGAGUGCCAGCGAGUUCCGUAGCCUCGUGGACCUCAACGUUGUGAGCUGUUUCUUAGCGUCAAAGUUUGCAUUGCCCUACCUUCGGGAAACGAGAGGGAACAUCAUCAACAUCGCCAGUCUCGUGGGCAGUAUUGGGCAGAAGUGCGCCAUAACAUAUGUGGCCACCAAGGGCGCCGUUGCUGCAAUGACCAAAGCCAUGGCUAUCGAUGAGAGCAAGUAUGGAGUACGAGUCAACAGCAUCUCACCUGGGAAUAUCUGGACUCCUCUGUGGGAAAACUGUGCAAGCCAGACAGCCAAUUUUGAAGCUGCAAUCCAGGAAGGCAGUGAUGCUCAGCUCCUGGGACGGUUUGGGACCCCAGAAGAGGUGGCAGCGGCUGCCCUGUACCUGGCUGCGGAUGGCACGUUCUGCACUGGUAUCGACCUUGUGCUCAGCGGCGGAGCUGAACUUGGCUAUGCAAAGAAGAACCAGAUAGAUCCCAGUUCGGCCUGCGACAGCUAG